AUGGCAUCCGUACAGCGGCAGACCAAGGAAGUGCAGGAGGAACGUCAACGACAGCUAGUAGAGCUGCUGAAGCAUCCCGCCAAUGCUGAGUGCAUGGACUGCAGCGCGCGUCACCCGACAUGGGCGAGUGUGAAUCUCGGCGUCUUCAUCUGCAUCCGCUGCAGCGGCCUGCAUCGUCAGCUGGGCGUGCACAUCAGCAAGGUAAAAAGUUGUACGAUGGAUCUCUGGGAACCGGAGCAGAUCGCCUUCAUGUCAAAGAUGGGCAACGAGCGCGCCAAGCGUGCCUACGAGGCCACCAUUCCCGCCAGCUACGUCAAACCUGGGGAACGGGACGCCUCAGCCAAAGUAAUGAAGUGGAUUCAGCUUAAGUAUGUGCAGAGGCGGUACUAUCGGCCACUUCCUCCCCCCGCAGCGGACUCCGACAGCGAAGCUGCCGUGGAUGAGGAAAGCGACGUAAAGCGCGCCAACGCACCUCGAGCUGGCGAGGACUUCCAACGUGGGCAACCUGCCACACCAACACAGUCUGUCAGGGACACGAGGCCACUGAUCUCGAACCCGGUCGCAGCGACUCGGACAGCAGCUCAGGCUUCGCUUGCUGCGCUCGGCACCAACACGUCCCCUCGAGCCGCGCUCGACGCUUCGUAUCUGUCGAAGCAGAAAAAAGAGGCCAUCUUAGACUGGCUGCGCACAGCCACACCUUGCGUGGUGCUGGAGGAACCCCUGAACACGUCCGCACCACCGGUGCAGCCGACAUCGGUCGCGAAGACCCCUCUCUCGAAUAUUGUUUCGUCUCCAACCAUCGUGGUGCGCGAGGUGCCGUCGCCGUCCACCUCCGUAACGGUCAUCAUCGCCACCGAGGCAGGUGGACCAGAGGCAGCCGCCCCGGCACUGGCAAACACGCCGGGUGUGGCCGAAGAAAGCGGUGUGAAUUCCACGCGUCGCCGCACCGCGAAGCGGGCAAACCGGAAGACGACAACGGCGCCCCCUGUAUUGCUUGAUGAGAUGCUUAAUGAUGGUGCUGCACCAGUGGAUGUGCCGUUGUUCGCCUACGAGGAUCGCGAUCGAGUUCGAACGGCGACACCACCGCUGCAGCGAGAUCCCUCGGACGACGCUAAGCAGGCAACUGCAGUGGUAUCGGUGACGGAAACAGGACCUCACGAAGAGUCAGAGGCGUCCGCACGACCACGUCGGCGUUGGCGCAAGCGAGCGCCGUUAACGGAGGUGCUUGAGAGCAAUCUGGCCCCACCAGAGCUGUCUUUCCCAGUGUUCUCGAUCUCGCGAGGCUCUUCUUCGCCCGCGCUCCGUUUGACUCCGUCACCGACGUUGAGGACGGUGCUGGUGGAGCCGCGCUGCUCGUCACCGCGUGCUGUAGACAGUGUAGCCCGCGUUUCUUAUCGGGACCGCAAGCAGCGGGGACAAGACCCAGAGAUGCUGCCAGAGUCUCCCGCGCGACCAGCGACGCAACAGCUGCCCCCUCGCCUUGCGCAGGGGCCUGCGUGCGCGGCGCCACAAGCAGCCCUCCCAGAAACUCCACCGCUACUGUCGGAAGAGCCGAUGCCGCGCACCACCUCCAGUGCCACGGCGCUGGCGGCGCCUACUUCGGUUGAGCAGCGUGCACAGUUUGUACCCCGUGUCGUGGAUGCGACGCUCGGGCAGUCUGCCGCGACAAUGAACUCGUCCUCCGCUUUGUGUCGGUCGUCGCUGACCGGUGAAGCCACUCCGACCCCCGUGCGCGCCCCUUUCAUGCGACCCACCGCAACAGCAGCGGUGCGCUCGCGGCACGUAGCAGGGCAGACACAUCGGCCGAUGCAGGUCCUGGGCAAGCCGUCUUCUCUCUGCAGCUCGCGCCGAGCGCUGCUGUGGCCGCCAGCGCGGGAUGAGGACAAGUAUGUACCGCAGCAAGACAUUCGGUCAUCGGGGGCCUCCUUCUGUGAUGAGCUGCAACCGCGUCCGCCAACGUUUAUGAGGUGGACGGCAUCACCGUCAAGCUCAUCUUUUACCCGCCUUCGAAGCUCGCUCUUGUCGCCCAUAACUGAGGAGGACAGCGUGGCGCAGCGGACGCCGUCAACGCAGUUCUAUCCGUUGUCUACACACAAAACAGGGACCUUGAACAACGUGCUGCAGAUGCAGCGACGCCUGGAGGAGCAGCUGCGUGUUCUGAAGGAGCGAUUCCGGCAAAAAUCCCAUCCCAACUAA